AUGGCAUGUGCUAAUUGGAAGCAUGGAGGCGAGAACUGUCCUUCGGAGGGCAAGUUUGCUUGUAAUGGCUGCAAGUUGGUCUUGUACUGCGGCCGUGACUGCCAAAGAAAGCACUGGGGCGAGCAUAAGAAACAAUGCAAAUCUUACCUCAGAGACGAAAAUUGGACUCCGGCUUGGGAUCGAGAAAACCGGCAGCCAGCUUGGGCUCGCGGAGAGGAAGCAACCAAUAUGCACAAUCCAUUCGGGAUGGACAGGCACCUCUGGGGCAAUACACCCGCGAUAGAUGUGCUUCGACUACAUGAGAAUGAAGGCCAGGGUUACAACAAGAGUCUGUCGAUAUUGUUUGCGGCAUCCGGGGACCUGAGGAAUGUGAUCAAGACCCUCCAAAGCUUUGACGGCGACCUUCAGAUUACCAUAGCUAUCAAUGACAGGGACCCAGACAUCACGGCAAGAAACGCUAUCCUGCUACUUCUAGUAUUAACCUCUUUAGACGAUGAAUCCGAGAAAGCUGAUAUCGAAGGGGUGGCUGAGGCCGUACUGCACGUCUGGUACUCUGCCAUGCUCACCAAAGACACUCUAUCUCAAUUGCAGUCGAAGGUUAAGCCCUUAAUCAGCGAAGUCUGUAAAGGAAUUUCCACAGAAACAUCGUGCCUUUAUGUAGGAAAGGUGUGGCAUUUUAAAUCAAAGUGCAAUCUUCGCCUGACUCUAAAGGAGAAGGACUGGGUCCGAGCCCUGAAUUUCCUCGAGAUACCUAAACACCUAACAGCGACAAAAGCUCAAGAGCUACGACAUGCUGCAGUGCUAGCUCCCGAAAGGAAAGACUAUCGAGACAGGUGGUACUUCAAGGAUGCCUCCCCCUCUAUGAGAAUCGCGAAGGAGAGAUUCCGUGAGGAUGGCCUACUCCUCCCUUUCGGCCAUCCGCGUGUCGGUUUCGACUAUCCUAAUCCAACUAUAUUCCAGGUGACUCAUAGCUGGCCGCUGAAUGACCAAGCAGACCCUCAACGUGGAUGGCCUAUUGGAGAAGUCAAGUUGACACCGUGGCAAGCCUCUGAGGAUUUAUACGGAAGGUUGUACUCGUAUAUCCGUAGCGUAUUGUGCGCUUUCGUCCAGAAAGUUGCUACAGUGGAGGUACACUUUGAACUAUCCGACAACGACAUUAAAGAACUGAGACCGUUCCAUCUUGAGAGAUAUGAUAGAAUCGAGGCAUCAAAUGUUUCGGACAUGUGUUGGCUCGGAACACAAGAGACUCUAAGAUCCCUGUCCCCUUUACUGAAGUCUCCGGACGUGAACCCUCACGCGACGCUCAUCACUGCGUAUCUAAAUGCAGUCAUGGAAAUGGUCAAAUGGGAUGACGAUCAGGAACCCAAGAAGAUUAGCAAAUACAUGCCUACCAUUUACGAAUACUUAGAAAGAAGGACACAGCUCGCGAGGUUUCUCAAAAACCCCCAAGGUGCCGAACUGUAUCGCAUCUGGGACGCUAGGGUCCUUGUUCUGAAUGCGGCGGAAUUCUUCCACAGGUACACGAUCGUACAGGGCUUCCCGCGAAUUGCAGAACGACUAGGCGUUGCUAUGAAAGAGCAGAAUACAAUUGGCGAUCCGUGGCCUAUAGCCCUCAAGAUCCGUCGAGGACAACCUGGUGCCCAGGAGGAGUUUGAUGAAAUCCUGGCCUCACCUUAUUCGGGAGUUGAACGAUAUGUCGAGUGGAAGAGAGUGAAAUAG